GACUUGCACACUUGGAUUCAGACAGGCAGCUUGUCAACAGCUAAACAUGGAUCUAAUCAGGAGAGCCACGGGACCGUACACAUCCGUUGAAGAUUCUGUCUUGAACCUGUGUUUUACCAUCUUCCGCACUGUUGAGAAAGUGAAGGUCAACCGGGAGCGCUGCCACCAAAUCUCAGACAGAGUCAAAUCGCUGGAGAGACUGGUUCUCACCAUCAAACAGAAAGGGCCGGGCCAAAAUUCUGCCAUGGUGGAGGCCACUCUGAGGGAACUCUGCGUCACUCUGGACUCUGUCGCCACAGAAAUGGAGAAAUUAGCCGAAACCAGUGCUCUUAAGAACGCCCUGAAGUCCAGAAGCCAAGAAGACAAGUUCUGGAGGAUGGACAGAACCCUCACUGAUAUCCUCCAUGUCUUGUCUGGGACUCUAAACAUCGAGCAGGGCAACGCACUGUACGCAACCCCUCUGCCUACCCCCAGCCCCAUGGCCCCCGCGAACGUGUAUAACCCCCCAGCUUCCAUGAAUAACCCUAGUCCUGUGGCCCCCGCGAGCAUGUAUAACGCCCCAGCUCCCAUGAAUAACCCCAGCCACGUGGCCCCCGCGACCAUUUAUAACCCCCCAGCUCCCAUGAAUAACCCUAGUCCUGUGGCUAGCAUGUAUAACCCCAGCUCCCAUGAAUAA